AUGGCAACUGCUGGAAUGUCAGCCAUAGCCCCCCCUUGCCAUGGCAAGAUUCUCACUGCUGGAAGUGCCCUAAUAGAAGAGUUGAAUGAAGAAGGGUUGAAUCAAGAAGUAGGUGGACAAGGCAAAGAGUUGAAUGAAGAAGGGUUGAAUCAAGAAGCAGGUGGACAAGGUAGAGAGUUGACUGAAGAAUGGUUGACUGAUCAAGCUUCUAAACAAGGCAAAGAAAAGUCUAUUAUGAAUAAUAAAGAGAAUUCUGACAAGGGCCAAGAAAAGGCUAAUAAGGGUUGUUCUGAUAAAGGCAAAGGCACAGAUAAAGUGAUGGAUGACAUAUGCGGUAGUUUAAGGAAGACAAAGAUUGUUCACCAGAAAGACAAAGAAAUUGUGGAAGGAAGGGUUGAGGGCAUUAGGAUCGAGUCCAAAAGCCAUUCCAUGAAGUUGAGAAGUGGAAAAAGAUAUGCAAAUGCUGCAGACUUUAAAGAUUUUGAUGAUGAUUCUGCUGAUAGGGUUAAAGAAACUGGGAAUGAGGCUGCUGCUGAUUGGCCUACAUAUAUUGAAUUGGAUUUUGAAGAUUCUGAGUGCAAGGAUUAUGCCAAGUAUAAUUCUGAUGAUGAAGCUAAUAAGAAUUGGCCAGAGUUCAAUGCUGCAACUGACAUGCCACUUCUGAAGCACAACCAGCCUCAACUUCAUGUCCUCAUGCUUCAACUUCUGUUUCAACUGCAGGAUCAAAUGUUGUAA